AUGACUGGAAAUAACUAUCAAGACGACAAACCCUUUGGAAAUAAUAGAGAUGGAGGUCGAGGAAGAGGUGGAAGAGGUGGAAGAGGUGGAAGAGGUGGAAGAGGUGGCCGUGGUGCUAGAAAUUCUGGACGAGGUGGUCGAGGUGGUUAUGGUGGUCGAGGUGGUCGUGGAGGCUACAAUGGACCUGGAGGAUUUGGUGGACCUGGAAACUACGGGAAUAACUAUGGCGGUGGGGUUUUUGAAGACAAUGGUGAUGAUUUCUACGUUCCAAAACACCGUAACAAUAAUUUUGGUCAAAAAGAAAGAUACCGAGCUGGGCCAGGUGCACCAGUAGGGUUUAACCCCAAUAAUGAUACCCCAGGAAGCAGCAACCAACGAAACAAGAAGUUUUCUAACUAUGAAAAUAACCGUAAUACUUUUAAAUAUUCUUCUGCAAAUUAUAACGAAAUUCAUCAAUCACAACGUUUUCGAAAUUACCGGUCUAAUUCAAGAUUCUUGGUUCCUGUUGUGUUUGUAAAAUCAACCGAGGUUUAUAAUCCAUCGAAGUUUGUUAAUGAUUUUAUUAAAGAGCAUCAUUCUCAUAUUUCGACACACUCCUCUUUGUCAAAACCGACUAAUUCAGUGGAAAAUGUUUUAGAAAUAUCCAAUAUCGAAUCGCCUCCAGUCGAAACUAGUGAUUCAUUGGACCAGGAAACAAAAGGUAUUAAUAACCUUGUCAUCCAUGAUUCCAUCUCUAAUGCAAUAACUGAUAUUCCUGAAGUAAAUCAAUCUGAUACUGUUGAGUCUACAGAAGAUCAGUUCUCUUCAAGUAAUGACUCCGAUUCUGAUGUGAAUGAAGAUGAUCUGGCUCAGUGGGCAAUGAGAGAUAUUGGUGGUGAAGGUGAAGGAAUAGAUUAUAAUGUCUCUUCCCCUGAAAAUAGUGACAGCGAAACAGAAAAUGAAAAACUUGAAACAGUUCAACCACUUCUUAAAUUUUUGUCGAUUUAUAGAUUUCGACCAACGGUCUCAAUUAAUGACCUAAUGGGAACUCAUCUGCAAAAAUAUGAUUCCAAUGAACCAAAUUUUAAAAAUUUAUUUUAUUCAGAAAUUGUGGAAAAAUAUCCAAAUAUUAAAUUUCCGCCUAUUGAAAUGUUAUUUUCACUGAUUGCUUCUAAAGGCCGGUUUUUUCCGUUGUUAGACUGCCGUUCUACAGAUUAUGAUAGUAUUAAAUCGGAACUAGAUCAGCUUGGUCAAGAUGAAGCUACAUUGAAAAAUACAUUACUUGCAUCUUCACUAUUAGGAACCGAUAAUGAGACAUCAAUGUCUUCUUCAGUGGCUGAUCUUGUUGACAGUUUAUCUCAAAUGCAAGGUUCGAAAAAAAACAAAACUGCAAGAAAACUGGCACAACAAGACCUCGAAAAUAUUGCGCGGCUAACUUCUACAAAUUACAACGUUACUAAAAAGUCUCUCAAGGGGAAAAUAAAUUUUGAUGCUGCAGACGAAUCACUUCAUGCAGAUUUACAGAGUCAAUUUGACCAGGCACGAAAAACUCAAGCACUAAAAAAAAUGGAACGUAAGUUGCAGCGCGAUCUUGCAAAAUCUCAGUUUAAACAUGAACGUCAUAAGGAAGCUGCUAAAACCGAUCUAAUGACUAUUCGACAACGACGCGCAGAGCAGUACAAAAAAUCUAACGGUUUUGUUAGUUUGCCCAUUAAAUACCCUGUUUAUAUGAAAGUCAGCGAUGUCGCUUAUGAGAUUGAGUACUUCAUGCUUCUUCCUACUGGUAGAAAAACCUUGCCUUUUCCAGUUAUGGGAGUUCCAGGUGAUAUGAAAAGAGUCGAUGAUUUGGCUCGUUUUUACGGACUUGAAACAACGAUCAAAGGAGAUGAAACAAACCCUCAUAUUGUCGUCAUUAAAGAUAAUCAGAAACUUCUUUUUGCUAAGCAUUUAGAAAUAUAUAAUUAUCUUUGUGAGCAUGGAAAUACCAAGCUCUGGAAUACAGAUGCUUCGAUUAAUCCCAAAUUCUUAAAAGAAAAGCAUGUGAGAAAGUUAAAGCGCAGGAUAGAAACAAGAAAUCUUACUGGAAAAUCAGAAACUGGAGGUACAAAGCUGAAGGAUGGACAUAUUGUUGGUCAAAAUGCAGAGGCCAUAGAAUCGUCUAAUUUUGGUCAUCAGCUUCUUCUCAAAAUGGGAUGGACUGCAGGAACUGGUCUGGGUACAGAAAGAGCCGGUAUUUCUGAACCUUUAGUGGCAACAGUUAAAAUAACAAAAACUGGUUUAGGUAACAGCAGUCAAUCCUGGUUAUAA